AGAAAAGUGAUGGGAGGGGGUGACGUGGCGGUGACGGAGGCAUAAACUAAAAUGAGUGGCAGAAAUACUAGCCAAUCGACAAUCAACUGGCUGGGUAGUCUGCAUUCUAGAGUCCUCCCUGAGCGCCGGAGACUUCGGGAAAGCACCAAUGAGCUUUUCAUGAGUCUGAUUGACCUUCACCUGCACCAAUCAACGGCGUGCCUGGCGGAAGCGUCCCACCACGGGCUCUCACUGGGCGCUGGUGGAAUGACAGGCCCAAGAGAAAUGCCAAUGUCCGAGGGGUCUUCCGCAAGUGACACUCAGCAUCACCAAUCGACUUCCUCCUUCCCGGCGGCAGAGCCCUCCUCCCCGCGGCCGGCCUGGCUGGGCGGGGACGCUGCGCGGCGGCGGCUGAUGCGCUAGCUGAGUGGGGCCCUCCGGGCGGCGACGGCGGGUCUCGUAGGCGGUUCCGGUCCUGUAUCUCCGGGCGGCGGCGGCGGCUCAUGGCGGCGACGGAGCUGAGAGGAGUAGUGGGCCCGGGCCCGGCAGCCAUUGCGGCCCCGGGCGGCGGCGGCGGCGGCGUCGGUCCCCCCAUGGUGGGAGGAGGCGGCGCCGGCGGCCGCGGAGACUCGGGGCCGAGCUCCGGGAUCGCCCCGGGCACGGUGGCCGCGGUGGCUGCGGGCGGCCCGGGCCCCGGGGCCGGGGGAGUGGCGGCGGCGGGCUCGGCUCCUGCGCCGCCGGCGGGGGGCUCGGGCGCUGGGGGUUCGGGCUCGGCUCGCGAGGGCUGGCUCUUCAAAUGGACCAAUUAUAUCAAAGGCUACCAGCGGCGGUGGUUCGUGCUGAGCAACGGGCUCCUGAGCUACUACAGGUCAAAGGCAGAAAUGAGACAUACCUGCCGUGGUACCAUCAACCUCGCCACAGCCAACAUCACAGUGGAGGACUCCUGCAACUUCAUCAUUUCCAAUGGGGGUGCUCAGACCUACCAUCUGAAGGCGAGCUCAGAAGUAGAGCGGCAGCGCUGGGUCACAGCCCUAGAACUGGCCAAGGCCAAGGCUGUGAAGAUGCUGGCAGAAUCAGAUGAGUCAGGAGAUGAAGAGUCCGUCUCACAAACCGACAAGACCGAGCUGCAGAACACCCUGCGGACCCUGUCCAGCAAAGUGGAGGACCUGAGCACAUGCAACGACCUGAUCGCCAAGCACGGCACGGCACUGCAGCGCUCGCUCAGCGAGCUGGAGUCCCUGCGGCUGCCGGCCGAGAGCAACGAGAAGAUCAAACAGGUCAACGAGCGGGCCACGCUCUUCAGGAUAACGUCCAACGCCAUGAUCAACGCCUGCAGAGAUUUCCUUGUGUUAGCCCAGACCCACAGUAAAAAGUGGCAGAAGUCCCUGCAGUACGAAAGGGACCAGCGUAUCCGCCUGGAAGAGACCCUGGAGCAGCUGGCAAAGCAGCACAAUCACCUGGAGAGAGCCUUCCGAGGAGCCACGGUGCUGCCGGCAAACGCUCCUGGCGGCGCUGCUUCUGGCAAAGGUCAGUGCUGCUCCGGCAAAGGAGACGUGAGUGAUGAGGAUGACGAGAAUGAGUUCUUUGAUGCUCCUGAGAUCAUCACCAUGCCUGAAAAUUUGGGCCACAAACGUACUGGCAGCAACAUCAGUGGAGCCAGCAGUGACAUCAGCCUUGAUGAACAGUACAAGCAUCAGCUGGAAGAGACCAAGAAGGAAAAGAGAACGAGGAUACCAUACAAGCCAAACUAUAGCCUCAAUUUGUGGAGCAUCAUGAAGAACUGCAUCGGAAAAGAACUCUCCAAGAUCCCCAUGCCGGUAAACUUUAAUGAGCCCUUAUCCAUGCUUCAGCGCCUUACUGAAGAUCUGGAAUACCACGAGCUGUUAGACCGAGCUGCAAAGUGUGAGAACUCUCUAGAACAGCUCUGUUAUGUUGCAGCUUUCACCGUGUCCUCCUACUCCACUACUGUCUUCCGUACCAGCAAGCCGUUCAACCCACUCCUUGGGGAGACCUUUGAGCUAGACCGAUUAGAGGAGAAUGGGUACCGAUCCCUCUGUGAGCAGGUGAGUCAUCAUCCCCCUGCGGCUGCACACCACGCUGAGUCCAAAAAUGGCUGGACGUUGCGUCAGGAAAUCAAAAUCACCAGCAAGUUUCGAGGCAAAUACCUCUCCAUUAUGCCGCUUGGUAGCAUCCACUGUAUCUUCCACGCAACUGGGCACCACUACACUUGGAAGAAAGUUACCACGACAGUGCACAACAUUAUUGUGGGCAAACUGUGGAUCGAUCAGUCUGGUGAAAUUGAUAUUGUGAAUCACAAGACAGGAGACAAGUGCAAUCUUAAAUUUGUUCCUUACAGCUACUUCUCUCGGGAUGUAGCAAGAAAGGUGACAGGGGAAGUGACAGAUCCAUCAGGAAAAGUUCACUUUGCCCUUCUGGGGACGUGGGAUGAGAAAAUGGAGUGUUUCAAAGUACAGCCAGUCAUCGGGGAAAAUGGGGGUGACACUCGGCAGCGAGGCCACGAAGCAGAGGAAAGCAGGGUCAUGCUGUGGAAGCGGAAUCCUUUACCGAAGAAUGCAGAAAACAUGUACUACUUCUCAGAGCUGGCUCUAACUCUCAAUGCCUGGGAAGCUGGCACUGCCCCCACAGACAGCCGAUUACGGCCCGACCAGAGACUGAUGGAGAAUGGGCGCUGGGAUGAAGCAAAUGCCGAGAAGCAGCGCCUGGAGGAAAAACAGAGACUUUCCAGAAAGAAGAGAGAAGCCGAAGCUAUGAAAGCCACGGAGGAUGGCACGCCCUACGAUCCCUACAAGGCACUGUGGUUCGAGCGGAAGAAGGACCCUGUUACCAAGGAGUUAACCCAUAUUUAUAGGGGAGGAUACUGGGAGUGUAAAGAGAAACAGGACUGGAGCUCAUGCCCGGACAUUUUCUGAACCGGCCGUGACAGAAGGAGGAGGAUCCAAAGGAGAAGAGGACAGAGGAUGCGCGGGAAAGCUGGCAGUUGUGACUCUUACGGAGAGCUUUCCUCAAGUUUGUCUGUCUUAACCAAUCAUUUUUUCCAAAUCAAUCACCAGAAGCAGACACCGUUGGUGGUGAUUGGCUGGUUGCCUUAGCUGAUUGAAACUGAAAUCGACAUUCUGGAUCCUGUGUGUGUGAGGGAGAGGCGUCCUGGCUGCGUGUUAGUGUCGUCCCGCUUCUGCAGAGUCACGUGCUCUUGACCCUUUCCUCUCCCUCGGCCCCGGUUUGAGAUGCUGUCCCUCACCCUCCCCUUACAGAGCCUGCCCAGCCAGGACCUGCGAAAGAGGAUGACGCGGGGGCGUUCCGGUGCAGUUCAGAGCGAGAGCUGAUUUUAGAGGUUCCCUUUAAAAAGAAACACCACGUAAGACUUAACCGACAGAGGCAUCGUGAAUGCUCGUGGUGGAGCUUGGGUGUGACGUUAUGAAGUGUUCACAGAUGGGGUCAAUUGAACGGGGUGUCGAUGCGGAGAAGACCGUGGCACUGGAACACUUGUGAGAGGGACUGUUUUGCAAGGCCGGGACGUUCAGAGUUAAAUUCUUGGAAGUUUCGAUCUUCACUCGCGUGAAACACCCUGCUGCUGUUCUCCAUCUUCUUUGACAGCACCCGGGACCACUUGGGUGGUCGGUAGGAGGGUUGCGUUAUCCUCACAAAGGGGUUUUACGGACUUGCUCAGGCGGAGAACUUCUGAGAACAUGAGGCAGGAUGGAAGAACACUGCUGGCCACCCUUGCUUUCCCCGCUCCUCCUCUCCCCCAUCCUUCAUUGCCUUUCCUCUCUUCUCCCUCCGCGCAGUACUGCUUCGGGUUUGUGCCCUGUGGAGCAAAGCGUUACCUGUCCCAUUCUGAUAUACUUCAGAAUCUGAGAGAAGGAGUGUAUCUGGAAUAAGUUUUCACCAUCUCUCAAGCCCCAUGGACUGGAGCCACCUCUGGAAUAGUGCGUUAAGUAUCUGUAUAGUAUAUAUAUGUAGAGAAAAAUCUCAUUCUUUUCUGGUUUGAUUUUCCUUCUUCCCAUUAAGAAUCUUGAUUUUUGAUA